GAAAGCGCGGGUGCCGACCCCACGCUACCGUUUGCCGCCACUGCCGAGCUUUCCCGCGAAAAACUUAUCAUAGACAAACAUUAAAAAUCAAGGUGGUAUAAAAACUCAUUCGAAAAAUGCGUACUGGUUGAACACAUUUUUUUUUAUGUUUAUAAGAAAGUUCGACAGUAUGGGGUGAAUUUAUUUGUGACAAAAAUGAAAUAAGCAUGCAAAAUGUUAAGAAUUAUGUGAAAAGAUGAUUUAUGGUUUAAAAGUUUUUGUGUCACGGACUAGUGCAUUUUGUGGAAGAAGGGAAAAUUAUACAUAAAAGACCUUUGGCGGGAGACGACACGCGGGAACACGUGAACGUGGCUAAGCAUAUCUGCGAGCUACAAAAAUAUGCCAACAAAACAUGUGCCAGAAAUCGGAAUACUGGAAUACAAUGCCUGCCAAGAACGUAAUCUCGAAAUGGCUGCGGGCGAAACAAGGGAAGCAUAAACACUCACCAUGGCGCUAGUGAGCAACUGACUAUCGGAAAAAUAUGAACGCGACGGACCCGGAUGUACUAGUGGCAAGAGGCCAACUGGACGCCCUGUACCGCGGGGAGUACGCACUGGACGCGGCCCGCCCGCUCGACUUCAACGCCUCCUUCGACAACGCCUCCGUCUACAACGUGUCCGACCCCGAGGAGCCCUGGAACGACUACAUCAAACUACUCCAGGACAGAGCACUCCUCGUCUCCUUUCUUCUACUGUUCUCUUUAACUACGGUCUUCGGCAACAUGUUGGUUAUCCUCGCCGUGGUCCGUGAGCGCUACCUGCACACGUCUACCAACUAUUUCGUGACGUCACUCGCGGUCGCCGACUGCCUGGUCGGUCUAGUGGUGAUGCCGUUCUCAGCGCUAUAUGAAGUGUUAGAGCACACGUGGUUCUUCGGAGUGGACUGGUGCGAUGUGUGGCGGUCUCUAGACGUGUUGUUCAGUACGGCCUCCAUACUAAAUCUGUGCGUGAUCUCGUUAGACCGGUACUGGGCCAUUACGGACCCAAUUACAUAUCCGAUGCGUAUGAGUGGCCGGAAGGCCGCUUUUCUAAUCGCGGCGGUGUGGGUGUGCUCGGGCGCGAUAUCGUUCCCCGCGAUCGCGUGGUGGCGCGCCGUGCGUGUUGAAGAAGUGCCAGAUUACAAGUGUCCGUUCACGGAAAACUUAGAGUACAUAAUAUUUUCAUCGACAAUAUCGUUUUAUUUGCCUCUGUUUGUGAUGGUGUUCACUUAUUAUCGUAUAUAUCGUGCAGCGACUAUUCAGACGCGGUCACUUAAAAUCGGCACUAAGCAAGUGAUGAGACCUAGUGGUGAGUUAGAGUUGACGUUGCGGAUACAUAGGGGUGGGACAGUGCGGCAGCGGAGUGACGCGUGUCACGGCGCCUGCACGCCGGAGGAGGCGGACCAGGAGCCGCUGACGGCGCUGCAGAACAAUGGUCUGUCGCGGUCGUCGACACGUCUGACCAACGUGACGCACGGCAAGCAUUUGCCGAAAAACUUUUCGCUAUCUCGUAAGUUGGCGAAGUUCGCCAAAGAGAAGAAGGCGGCGAAGACGUUAGGUAUAGUGAUGGGUGUGUUCAUAGUGUGUUGGUUGCCGUUCUUCGUGGUGAACCUGCUGUCGGGCAUCUGCUCGGCGUGUAUCGCGCACGAGGAGAUCGUCAACGUGGUGGUCACGUGGCUCGGCUGGGUCAACUCUUCCAUGAACCCUGUCAUCUACGCGUGUUGGAGUAGAGACUUUAGAAGGGCUUUUCUUAGAAUUCUGUGCGUGUGCUGCCCCAGAAAGUUGCGUCGAAAAUACCAGCCGCAACUACGGUUCAAACAGUCCCAAUUGCGCACGACUCGACGUUAUUACUCAUCGAGCGAACUGAUGGGCAUACAACAGCUCAGACAAAACUCCUGCGAACAGACAUACAUAUAGCGAAUCAGCUCCAUUCUAUACAUCGCUUCGAUUCUCCUCCAUAUUUCCAAGUGCCUUGAUGAAAAAAUUCAAUUCGUAUCUUCCAAAAGUUUCUAGAAUACUUUAUGCGAAUUAGGAGCUAUUCAGAGCCGUGCGAAGGAGCGUAAUCUCGACAGAUAUUAAGUAGACGUAUGUUGACAUGGUUCACUCGGUCCGCUCGUAGGGGAUAGAGUACCCGGUGUCGACGAUGAUGUACUCGUCGGUGUCGCAGCACGAGAUGUGUCGGUUGUGACAUCAGGCGCGCGCGGGGACGUUCCGCGCGCCGCGGGCUCGCUGCUCCUGAUGCAGGGAUCGCCGCGCGUCGCGCUCCCGACGCAGCGGCGACCGGCAGCCGUGCCCGGACCCUUACCGCAUGAGGACUAUAGAGCACACCUCCUUCGACGAGCCCAUCCAGUGCGUGGAACGUCACCUGUGCGCCGACGUGCCCUACUGCCACGACUCAGAGUCCGUCAGUGAAGUGAGCCUCGACAGCGACAGUAGGAACCCCUCGAUCAAACGUAACGUUAGCAAGAAGAAAGUGACCUACCAAACCAAAGCCGACGUGAUCUCAAACUAGUUAGGUUAGUGGUGUAAAUAAGUGUAGAUUGUUAUCUGUCAAGUGGCUGCUUGUUGGAGAUUGCCUCGAUUGUCAGAUUUGCAUUCUAUGUCAAUUUUAGCAUCUG